AUGGAUGCCAAUACGAUUCUGAUUGGGAAGUUUACUUUUAAACAAUUGCCAAAUGGUUCCAUUGACAAGAGCAAAGCGAGUUCUCCGCCUCCUCGUCAUAGCCAGGCGACAAUAGACGGCUUCAGACAGAAGCACUUGGAUACCACAACUAAGAACAAACUUACUGCAGCCAUAGCUAAAUGGGUGGCUACUGCAUGUAGGCCUGUUAACGUUGUGGAGGACGAGGGUCUGGUUGACAUCAUUCGCAUAGCAUCCAACGACUGGACCUACGAAUUGCCUUCGAGAGCCACCAUUACAAGCCACGUACAGAAAUUGUACAAAACGGAGAAGGGUAAGGUACAGCAGGCGUUGGAGAAAACAAAAGCAGUCGCGCUCACUGGUGAUUACUGGACAGCCCUCAGUAAUCACAACUUCCUCGGGGUCACAGCCCAUUUCUAUGAUCCAGAGUGGAAACUUGAGUCAUAUGCUUUAACUGUUAUGAAGACAGAAGAGAGGCACUGCGCUGACGCGGUUGCAGAGCACUUUAUGAAAGUAGCAAGAGAGUGGGACAUCGAACACAAAGUUGUCUCACUGACAACAGAUAGGGCACGUAAUAUGAUUGCAGCGGCCAGGCAGCUCCCCUUUGAGCACAUGCCGUGCAUAGCACACAGUGUGCACCGAGCUGUCACGGUUUCUCUUACCAACAGCCCGUUUGACAACGCAUUGGCAAAAUGCAGAAAAGUUGUUGGACAUUUUAAGCAUAGCCCGGCAAACCAAGCGGAGCUCGAGCAGCAACAAGUCGCACAUCAUCAGAAGAAAGAGUCACUCGCACAGGAAGUCUCCACCAGGUGGAAUAGUACCCUGGAAAUGAUUAAGCGUGUUCAGCGGAAUGCUGAACCUCUGAGAGAUGCACUGGCCCUGCCCGCAACCAACGUCGCCAUGCCAACUGCUGCUGAGCUGGAGAAACUGAAGAAGCUCGAGGCUGUGCUGGAUCACUGCAGGUAUGUGUCUGAACUUCUGGGAGGAGAGAAGUUUGUGUCUUGCUCAGCGGUGCUGCCAGCGUUGUGUCAUCUGUCACGAGGGAUGGAGGUCACUGAGGACGACCCAGCUUACAUGAUUAAGUUCAAGGGAAUCUUCACAGCAGACAUGGAGGGUCAUAAGGAGAAGACCAACAUCACAUGGCUGAGAGUUGGGACAGCACUUGACCCAAGGUUUAAGGACCUCAAGUGUCUGAGCAAACCUGACAGGACUGAGGUGUGGGGUACGAUCUGCGCCUUGCUCCAGGAGAUGGAGAGGCCUGCACAGCCGGAUAACCAAGUCACGCCUGAGCCUCCUACGAAGAAACCAACUCAUGCUUGCACACGAGUCUUCAUCUGAUGAAGAGGAGGACAGUAUUGAGCAAUGUCUGGAGCGCUACAAGGCAGAGCCUCUGACUGGCAUGGAUGACAGUCCCCAGGAAUGGUGGUCCGCACAUUGUGAAAUGGCCCGCCUUGCACGCAAGUACUUAGCAGCACCGGCAACAUCAGUACCUUCUGAAAGGUUGUUUUCAGGGUCUGGACAUGUUGUACAAAAGAAGCGAGCUUCCCUGUUGUCUGAAAAUGUCAACAGGCUUGUCUGUUUGAGUAACUGGCUCAAAGCAAAGAAGCAGUAGGCUAGGCUAACCUUUUACUGUUACUGUUGAUCGGGUUGAUGAGCCUCUGUUGAAUAAAGAGCAGUAGCCUGACUGCUAUGUUCAAAGCAAACUUGAAAGUAUUAAGCCAUGGUUUAGUUUACCUGACGUGCACUUUAUAAUUUUAUUUUGUAUUUCCCUAGUUUAACUGCACUAUAGGCUGAGUCCUAAUUUACCUAACGUGCUCUUUAUAAUUUUAUUUUGUAUUUCCCUAGUUUAACUGCACUAUAGGCUGAGUCCUAAUUUACCUGAUAUGUGCACUUUAUAAUUUUAUUUUGUAUUUCCCUAGUUUAACUGCACUAUAGGCUGAGUCCUAAUUUACCUGGCAUGUGCACUUCAUAAUUUUAUUUUGUAGUGCCCUGGUUUAACUGCACUAUAGGCUGAGUCCUAAUUUACCUGACAUGUGCACUUUAUAAUUUAAUUUUGUAGUGCCCUGGUUUAACUGCACUAUAGGCUGAGUCCUUAUUAACCUUACAUGUGUACUGUAUAAUUUUAUUUGUAGUGCCCUGGUUUAACUGCACUAUAGGCUGAGACCUAAUUUACCUGAGGUGCACUGUAUAAUUUUAUUUUUUUGUGGCCCUGUUUGCCAA